AUGUACAUCGCCGGGAUACACAUUCCAGGCGAACACCUUGCUUUGGGUGUCGAAGGCGUUGUUACUUCAUCGCUCUUCAUUUAUACUGUUGCUGGCAUACUUUUCACGCGCAACUCGUUGGAAGAUGCUGAAGAAAAGGGUGGCCGAAUAAAGUCGAUGCCAACGUCUCUCGUGGGGAAACUUGUUACUCCCGUGCACGCAGCUGCGAUAAUUCUUCCGGCUGUAACAUAUUUGGUCGCAGUCCCACUUAAUGGAUGCGUUCAACCUCAAUUUAUUACUCGAUUUGCCUUGCCAAAUUUUGGGCUCAGUCAGGAUGUCGUGAAUUUGUUGAGGAUAGCAUCGUGUGUAGGCUUGAUUGGGACCUGGCAGUUGUUUACGCAUUGUGUCGGCCUACUGAAAAACAGUGGAACUUAUCAUAGUGUUGGAGUGAGGGAGAAACCGAAGCUCAUUUCUUCAGGACCGUUCGCAGUCGUUAGACACCCAUUAUACAGUUGUGCAUUACUGCAAGAACUAAUACUUGCAGGGAUGACUUGGAACUAUAUACCGCUCUAUGCCUUUUCUGUUUGCGCUCUUGCAUUUGCGGCGAAAGCCCCCAUAGAGGAAAGCCUUAUGGAGUCAGAUGCGGAAAUGGGACUGCAAUACAAAGCAUACAAGGAGAAGGUGCACUACCGAUUUAUCCCUGGCGUCUGGUAA